AUGAAAGUCCCUGUUCCUGCUUCCUCCAUCAAUUCCGAACCCAACCCACCUCGCAACCACCAUCACAACAGCAACAACAAUCUCCCCAGCCUCGCUCCUGGUCUGUGCUACGAGCCCACCUCUGUUCUUGAACUGGGUCGGACCACCAGCCCCGCUGUUGGCAAGCUCGUCUCUGCCCCUGACCCGCUCGAGUGGGAUGAUCACGUUCUGGAGAAUUUCAAUUGGGAUUCCAUUAUGAGGGAAUUGGAUUUCCACGAAGAUCAUGGUAGUAAUAACAACAAUUCCGGCCACACCAAUAAGACCACACUUUCCAGUCUUGCCCAUUUGGGAUCCGCAGCAGCAGGGGAUCAUCAUCAGAUUUUCGGGUCGGCUCUCCCGGGUAUCGACCCGACCCUGUUCGUCCAUCACUCCGAAUACGGCGACGUUUUCCUCAACAACCACGAUUUCAGCUCCCUCGACCUCCCCCACAGUUUCCACAACAACCUGAAUUCCCCCAAUUCAGCCGCCGUCGGCGGAUUCGAUUCCGUCCAGGACUUAAUUCGGGCGGCGGACUGCUUCGAUUCAAACCAAUUCCACCUGGCGCACGCGAUACUGGAGCGGCUCAAUCAGAAGCUGCCAGGAGGAGGGAAGCCGCUUCAUCGGGCGGCGUUCUUCUUCAAGGAAGCCCUGCAGUCUCUGCUCACCGUCUCCACCCGCCCUCCGGCCUACCUUUCCUCGUGGUCCGAAAUCGUGGAAACGAUUAGGGCGUACAGGGCCUUUUCCGGGAUAUCUCCGAUCCCAAUGUUUGCCCACUUCACGGCCAAUCAAGCGCUGCUCGAUGCGCUCGACGGGCCGUCGUCGCCGUUCAUCCACGUCGUGGACUUCGACAUCGGGCUCGGCUGCCAGUACUCCUCGUUCAUGCGGGAGCUGGCGGAGCGGGGCUCCGUCUGCAAAUUCGGGGCCCCGAUCCUCCGCGUGACGGCGGUGGUGACGGAGGAGUACGCGAUCGAGACGAAGCUGAUAAGAGAAAGCCUGACGCAGUUCGCCCACGAGCUGAAGCUGAGGUUCCAGAUCGAGUUCGUGCUCCUCCGGACCUUCGAAGCGCUGUCGUUUAAGUCGAUCAGGUUCGUGGACGGAGAGAAGACGGCCGUCCUCCUCUCCCCUGCGAUUUUCCGCCGUUUGAGCCUGACGGGCGGCCCGACGGCGUUUGUUUCAGAUCUUCGGCGGGUGGGGCCAAGCGUCGUCGUUUUCGUUGACUGGGAAGGGUGGGGGGAUUCCUCAGGGACGGCGUCGUUUAGGAGGAAUUUCGUGAAUAGCUUGGAGUUCUAUUCGAUUAUGUUCGAGUCGUUGGAAGGCGGCGGGGCGGCGGCGAUCGGAGGCGGGGAUUGGGCGAGGAAGAUCGAGAUGCUUCUGAUGAGACCGAGGAUUUUGGCGGCGGUGGAAGGAUGCGGACGUGGGGCGGCGCCGCCGUGGAAGGAGGUCUUCGCCGGGGCGGGUAUGUGGCCGAUUGGGUGGAGCCAGUUCGCGGAUUUUCAGGCGGAGACGCUGUUGGGGAAAGUUCAAGCGAGGGGAUUCUACGUGGCCAAACGGCAGGCUGAGCUGGUGCUCUGCUGGCACGAGCGGCCACUCAUCGCCACGUCAGCAUGGAGGUGUUAG